AUGGCGGCUCGUCUACUUUCACUAUACCUGGCCGCAGUUACCGUCCCUGCUCUCGAGCAAAUGGUGGACAUCACUGAUUGCGGCGGUCGACCUUACACGAUCAUCGAACCCAGCUGGGGUCCAAAUGCACGCUGGACAAAUCCGGGUCUAGAGAUUGUGAGGAGGCCACUCAAGGCCGCCAAAGCAAGCGAAAUCAUUCCUAAUCUGGCGCCUACGUCAGGUCCGGCAACCAUGGUUAGCUAUACAGAUGGUGUGAGCCAGCAUUGGCUUCGGAUACCCUUUCUGGCUCCUACUAUGAGGGAUUGUCCGUGCCUUCGUAAGCAGGACCGUUGA